UGUGUCGGCUGCUUGACACUCUUACCUCUAGUAUUUAACCCAUCAUACAUUCAUACAUAUCAUAAUCCUUCAACCAUUCUCCUUAAUUCCAUUCAAUUUUUUUUUCUCUCCUCUCAUUCACAACUAAAAAAAUGGGAAACUGUGUUUUCAAAGAUUACUACAACACCACCACCACAAACUCAUCAACGUUGCUAGAUUACCAAAAACACCCAGUAACUACCAUGAACAAACAAACAACAACAACAACAACAACAACAACAUCAAUGAUCAAAGUAGUAACAACAACAGGUGGAAUCAUGGAACUAUAUGCACCAAUCACAGCUGAACAAAUCACCUCAGAGUUUCCAAACCAUGGCAUUUUUCUUACCCCGAACCCGAAUACCCACCCGCCACUCUUACACAAUGAUAACCUACGACCCGGAUUGUUUUACUACCUAUUACCUCUCACACUAUCAUCAUCUACAACGUCAAUUAACGGUGUUUUAACGACGCCGUAUCGAAUGUCAGUUGAUCAAGUGGGUACAACUACGAGGAUGGUGUACAAAACACAACCCGACCCGGAUGUUGUACGUAAGUAUAACGGGUCGGGUGUAUGGAAGGUAAGGUUAGUUAUAAACCCGGAGUAUUUGUCAGAGAUUUUGUCACAAGAUAAUAAAACUCAACAGUUGAUUGAGAGUGUUAGGACUGUUGCUAAGUGUGGAAGUGGGAGUGUUAAUACGACGUCGUCUUCUUCGUCGGUUGGAGGUUGUAGUAACUCUGAUCAGUGUAGUGUGUCUAGCUGUAAUUUUCAUCUUAAAGGUUCUUUCUAACAUUUAAUGAAUUACUAUGGUUUUUUUUAUUAUUAUAAAUAUUUACUUGUAUGAUUGGUCUAUAUCAUGUAAUAAUAGUAGCGUAUUUGUGUAUAUUAUAUGGUUAGGUGUUAGGGAAAUUUAUGGACUACUAUAUUGCUUUUAUGAUUUUGCACAUACUCUUAUGCUCUCUCCGUCUCAUAAUAUAGUGCUUAUUUCA